UUAAUGAAUGAUUAAUGUUAAUGACUCUUUUCCUGCAGCAUGUUUUACAGGUAAUCAUUUGAAAGCUGGAUUUCAGAGGACACGAUGACGGAAACCGACGGAAUCAAACUUGAAAUUAUAACCCACGAUCACGGAAAUGGCUUGGACAACAAGUCUUUUGAAAUAGAUGAAGACGUGAAUGCUGAUACUAACAGCAUCAAAAUGCAGACUAAAAAGACAAAAAAGGGAUUGAGCUCAUACUUAAGCCUUGUUUCCAAGCCGAUUACCGCCACAGAGGAUUACUUCAAGGCUCACUCACAGACCUUCAAAGUCUUUGUUCUGGCCAUCCUUGGAGCAGGUUAUGUGGCAUACUUUAUUGCAGCCUGUGUUUUGGAUUUCCAGAGGGCCAUUGCUCUUGUGGUCCUAACCAGUUUGGCCAUUGUUGCUAAAUCAUAUGAACUUCUGAAGGAGUACAAAGGAGAGAGCAUCAGUCAGUGUUUCAGACCUGCAGUUAGAUGCUUUAAAUCUAACUUGAAAUGGUUAAAAUGGGUUUUCAUUUUAGCAGCUGUGGUCCUGCUUGUUCUGUGGCUCGUGUUCGAAACAAGCCAGCGUCCUGAGCAGCUGAUCUCGUUUGGAGGUGUUUGCAUGUUUGUCCUGCUUGUGUUCCUCUCGUCAGCACACAGGACAGCGGUGUCAUGGAGGCCUGUGUUUUGGGGUCUCGGAAUACAGUUCUGUAUGGGCCUCAUUGUCAUACGGACGCAGCCUGGAUUCAUAGCGUUCAAAUGGCUUGGAAAUCAAGUGGAGAUAUUCCUUGCCUAUACCAACGAAGGCUCACGUUUUGUUUUUGGGGACCUGAUCGGCAACAUUUUUGCCUUUCAAGCUUUGCCCAUUGUUGUGUUCUUCAGCAGCGUGAUGUCAAUCCUUUACUUUCUGGGGAUAAUGCAGUGGGUCAUUCUGAAGAUCGCAUGGUGCAUGCAGAUAACAAUGGGAACCUCUCCCACAGAGACCUUGAGUGUGGCAGGCAAUAUAUUUGUUGGGCAGACUGAAGCUCCGCUGCUGAUCCGCCCUUAUUUGAAAAACAUGACCAAAUCUGAGAUCCAUGCUGUUAUGACUGGCGGAUUUGCCACAAUUGCAGGCAGUGUCUUGGGAGCAUUCAUCUCAUUUGGGAUUGAUUCAUCUUCCUUGAUAUCAGCCUCUGUAAUGGCUGCUCCUUGUGCCUUGGCCAUCUCCAAACUGUCUUACCCAGAGACAGAGGAGAGUCCCUUCAAGGAUGAGAAGAAUAUCAAAGUGGCUACUGGAGAUGAAAAGAACAUCUUGGAGGCUGCUAGCAGUGGAGCGUCUGCUUCAAUAAGUCUGGUUGCUAACAUUGCAGCCAAUUUGAUAGCUUUUCUUGCCAUCCUCGGGUUCAUAAAUGCAACUUUGAAGUGGCUUGGCGGUAUGGUGGGAUAUCCUUCAAUCUCGUUUCAGAUCAUUUGUUCUUACAUAUUCAUGCCCGUGGCCUUUAUGAUGGGAAUACCUUAUGAGGAGAGUUUCCUUGUGGCUGAACUAAUCGGCACAAAGCUCUUCCUCAACGAGUUUGUGGCUUAUGAGCAACUAUCUGAACUGAAGGAGAACAGACUCAAUGGACUUGAUGAAAUUAUUGGAAAUGAAAGACAAUGGAUAUCGGUCCGAUCAGAAAUAAUUACCACUUAUGCUCUUUGUGGGUUUGCCAACUUAAGCUCACUGGGUAUCAUGAUUGGAGGCUUAUCCUCUGUAUGCCCAUCAAGAAGAGGUGAUGUGUCGUCUAUGGUGAUGAGAGCUAUGAUCACUGCAACUUGUGUUUCUCUCAUCAAUGCUUGCAUUGCAGGGAUCCUCUACGUUCCUCCACUCGACUGUGUGGAGCUGUUUAAUACAACUGCUUUCAAUACCACAAAUGUAAAUAUACAAACUUGCUGUAAAGACCUCCUUCAAAGCACUGUAAACAAUGGGACCAUCUCAUUUGAAGGGUGGUGGAGCACAGUAGAAAACGUCACUUUGUAUUUCUCUAAAUGUUGUCAGUGCUGUGGUCUUUCUGAUGUGGCAGUUUGUAAUUAG